AUGUGCAAUACUCCAGGAUUCAGAUUCCCUCCCAACGUACAGUUUCAGCAACACCCCAGCAGCAGAACAUCUACCAGCAACAUGAGCGGAAACUCGAACGUCGGAAACUCUCAGGUCUACGAGGCCGGUGACCAGCGCAAUGUGAAGCAGUCCGAGAUCGAGACCCCCGAUCGCUACAACGAGGGCCAAGCCCACGCCCACAAGAAUACCGACUCCAAGGACGAGAGGUCAAUCAAGAACCGUCUGGCCGCCGCAGAGGCCGCCGACGACUCGCAACAGGACAGCAGAGAGACUCAGUUGCACAAGAAGGACCCAACACUUCCCGCUAAGGAGCAUGGCAACGAGCCAUCCCGGGGUGCCAAGAUCGACGCUCAGAUCCAAGCAGAAGAGGAGGAGAUCCUGAAGAAGAAGGGCGCGAGCUUGCCAGGACAAAAGAAUUAA